CGGCCACGACGCGUUCAAAGAUGUAAAUAAGGUUGCAGACGUGGUUUCGCAUGGCGCUGCAGAGUUACGUUGUAUCAGGUUGGACAAAAACUUAGAUUUCUGAAUUUUCUGUAACUCAGCUCUCCUCAGCCCUUCUCAGCCUAUCGAUGCUAUGUUUGGGAUUCGGCUUGUAACCGCCCGGGAUCAGAGCUGAAUAUAGUUUAUGGGCUGUAAGCGCUCGACUGGUCAGGGCUGAGUACCGCCUGGCAACCACCAGGAAUCAGGCUGGCCUAUCAUCUUCCGAUGCUGCCAAUUCUUCCACGCAUCAUCCUCUAGAACGGUACACCAUCGACGUGCUAGACACAGUCAGGAACGGUCAGGGUCGCCCAGGGACGGCCAGGAACCACCAGAUGCUGUUUUUAUCCAGGCGUUAGAGACAUUUAGAGACAACUCUAAUCUCACGAGAGGCUGGUAUGGGCGAAUGAGAGUCGCCAUGAUUUCAAUAAGCCUCCCGAUUCCAAAUGCUGGAUCAGGAGGGUGUGAUGAUUCUCAUUCGCCGCUCAUUCCCUACUUUCUUUAAACUCUAGGCAUGUCCCAUCGUGCGCUUUUCCCUUAUCACAUAUUACUGCCUACCGUGCUUCAUUUUCUUCGUGCUCAGUAAGAGGGGCUUCUGUGAAGCAUUUGCAAUGCGCUGCGCGCAAUCAUGAGUCUGUUGAGCAGAUACCUAGACGAUGCGUAUAAUGCCUGGAUGGGCUCGGUGAUGGGCUGCUGCAGUGCACGGCCGAGGGAUCCAGACCGAACUUCGAUCCGAGGUUUCGAGAGCCACAACCCCCGCACCAUCUAUCACCACCAACCUCAACUCAUCCCCGGGCCCUCCGUGCCUCUCCCCGAGAGCCGUCCGCAUACCCGCUCCUCAUCUCAAGAAUGGAUAACCCGCACCCGGAGCUUUGCCUCUCGCGCCUCCAGCAGGGGCAGCUACUCCCUCAAGCGCAAGCUGAACAUGUACAACGGCAGCACCACCAGCACAAAGCGUCCCUACAUCAGCGCGCCCUCCGACUUCCGCCACGUCCAGCCCUCGCCCUCACCCCCACCACACCUACCCCGCCGCAGCUUCCGCCCGCUAGAACUGAGCAUCUACCUCCCCACAAACCAGCUCUCCCCCAUUCUCCCACACUUCGAUGACGACGCCGCUACCCCACCCCGGCAAACGCACACCCGCAGCGUCUCGGCUCUGUCGAACUUCUCUAUCCCCCGCAAGGCAGUCCCGUCAUACUACCAGCGCCCCUCCUACGACGCCGAGUACUCAAGCGCUGACACAACUCCCGAGUCAGUCGCGGGGUCAUUCACGCACCCACUCCGCCCACGCCCCAGUCUCCCAGGAAGCCUGAGCACGCAACAGCUCCUCGCAGCUCUCGACGACGAGCCGCUCAACUACCCACCCCCCGCACGCCUGCGCUCAAACACCGCAACCACCCUCCCCAUCCUCAGCGAGCAAGUCGAGCGCGUGAAAUCCGUUCUUCUUGAGCGCGAAGCCCUCGACAAGCGCAUACGCGAUGUAGACGGCCUGAUCGAAGAGCGCAGAAGCAUGUCUCUCAAAAGCCGGCCAGCAAGCAUCUACACCUCUUCUGAAGAACCAAUGCCCCACCUCACAUCUUCGGAAAUCGAGCGUCUCCGCCCUCGCACCACCACCCCCCUCCACUCCCCCUCCUCAACAACAUCCUACACCUCUAUCCCCCCUCCCCCCCUCCCACUCCUCCUCCCGCGCCCACCUCUCAGAAAGAAAAAAUCCUUCUCCCGCGUCUCAACCUGGCUCUCCGGCGGACACAGCCGCCACCUCUCUCUCGAUAGCGUGACGAACGCGCCCGUCCCCGUGACAGCACGUGAUGGCUUCUACCAGUGCGUUGAUGCGAGGCUGGGUCGGGGGAGUUUGAGUAGUAUCGGGUCUGCGUCCGGGGAGGAUCUGACGGGGCCGACGAGCUGGACGAGUGUGUCGGAGGUGGGGACGUUGGUUAAGGGGGUGGAGGGGGAGGCGGAACGGUUGGGGUUGAGGGCUUCGAGGGUGGGGGUUGCUUUUUGAUUUGAUACCCGGGGGUUGUAAUGGUAAUGGUAGAUUUUGACGGGAGGGGGUUGGUUUUUGGCGCGCUGGACGAUGUCGAUACCCCUUGAAGUGAGUUAAAAUGGGAGGAUUUGUGUAUAGCUGCGAUGGCUUCGCAGGUUUGGUUGGACCGGCUGUGGCCCGGGUUUGGAUACCAUAUAUUAUUAUAAUAAUACUCCGUCUGUACAACACAAAGGAUGUUUUUUCUUACUUCUAUAUAUCCUUCCAUUUCUGGUUCCAUCCCGCCUUUGACCUUGAG